ACCUUUAUAAGAGGCUGGGUCGCAUGAGUCGUUACUAUUCGAGCAAGGAAAACGCUGCGGUUUGAUUAAAUAAAUAUUCUACAAAAACUAAAAUGAACCUGACCCUUAACCACGUCGCCGUUGUAGUACUUUUGACGGCACAAAUUGUUCUCCUAUUCGGACAAACGCCACAACCAGAAUGUGGCAUCGUGGAGGAAGAGUACAACGUAUUCUGUCCCGAUUGGGAGGACGGCGUCCCCACGUAUCACCCUUAUCCGUACGACUGUCGCAAAUUCCUCGAAUGUACGAACGGUGUCGCGAAAGCGCAAUGCUGCCCGAACGGGACCAUGUGGGAUCAGGACUUGACCGUUUGUAACCAUGAAGCGGUAAUUGGCUGUGUUACCGUUACCGCGCCACCGACGACCACGACCACACCGACUACCACAACCACUCCAACUACCACGACCACUCCAACGACUACCACGACCCCAACAACUACAACAACACCAACGACCACCACAACACCGACGACCACGACUACCCCAACAACUACUACCACUCCGACGACCACGACCACAACCACAACGACCGAAGCCCCAACUACCGAAGAACCCGAUCCUAUCACGUGGAUCUGUCCGGAAGGGUACGAAGGACCCAUUGCUCAUCCCUAUGAUUGUACCCUUUUCUACAUUUGUGACCCUGGCAGACGACCGUGUCUCUUUAACUGUCCUCCACCCCUGUAUUACAACCCGCAUACAGAAUUAUGUGAUUGGGACUUUGAAGUUCCCGAGUGCGUCGGUGGAGUACCUCCAACCGGCACGCCAACCCCUCUUCCACCGACGACCCCGGUCCCACGAGGGUAUCGGAAUUCCCCGAGAAGUUAUGAACCCGACCAAGAAGUUUGUGAUGAGCCUGAUUUUAUGAAAUAUCUCAACAAGGUGAUAGGUCGGGUGUAAAAAGCUGUUUUUUUAAAUGUUUCCGUAUUGUAAGGGGAAGUCCAUAAAUUAUGUCAUGCAAGAAUGCUUUUUUUCCGAUUCUCCCUUCCCCUUUUCACGUGUUGCACGCCUUUUUCACAUAUGGCGCAAAUCACCCUGUAACGACAAACUUUCCCCCUCAGUCGUGACAUAGUUUAUGGACACCCCCUACUUUAUGCAUAAAUAAAUAUGGGAAGUCGAUGAUAAAUAAUG